AGUUUUAUGUAUACUAUGUAUAAUGAAAUAGCUUCAUCCAGACAAAUGCAUUGUUAAAAAUGAAAGAUGAAAUUCGCUGUUAUUUUCAUAUUCCUGUAUAUUCACCAAAACAGCGGAAAGAAAAGUGAUGGGCAUAGUGGCCAGAAAAAGCAGUUUGUAAACUUUGGAGACGGCGGUGAUGAAGACUACGGGAAUUCUUUCUCAAAAGGCUAUGGUAGAGGAGGAGGGGGAGGGGGAGGAUACGACGAUGAUGAAAGUAUCUACGGUGGAGAGGAGGGUGGAAGCCGCAGUGAAGGAUACGAUAGCGGAAUGCAGUUAUCUGAGAAUGGAGCAGGUGGUUUAGGCUUUCAAGGCAAUGGUAUGGACAGCCUGAAUGCACUGCUAGGCUCCAAUCAGUUUGGUGGAUUAGGAGGAGGAGGAGGACAGGAAGGUCUAGGAGAUUUAAUCGGAGCUGGUGGAGACAACAGAGGAGGCCUUGCACAAUUUGCGUCGCCAAAUGACCAGUCCCAAUUUGAAGGUCAAAGUGACCAAUCUAUGUCAGCAUUAGGAGGUGGUUUUAGUCAAAUUGGGCGCGGUGAAUCGCUAUACAGCAGUAUGGAUGAUGGCAAUGACGUAAAUGAUGACAUUCUAUCUCCAUUUGAUGCAAAUUCCUUAGAAGGAAAAUUAGAGCAUAGUAUAAAUUUAGGUGAUAAUGUUAAUACGCCGGGCGUUGGACAAUUUGAUAUGAAUUCAUUUAGUGAUUAUGGUUAUAACCAUGGUAAAGCACAAUCGUCAUUUUUACAAGAGUUGCAAUCACCAAAGCAUAAACACAAGCAAGGCGAUGACAGGCAAGGCAUAGGAGGAGGAAAUGGUGAUGUACAAGAUCUUCUGACAAACGAACUUGGAGAACUCGACACUUCUGACGAGAAACUCCAAAAGAUGCUAGAAUCCGGAUUAAACUCAGAUAGUAAUUAUUCACCUGAUGGUGCAGGUGGUGGGGCCGGUGGAGGUGUAACCGCUGGAAGUAGUGGUAACACUGACACCUCCUUAAGCGCCCUACUCAAUCCACAGGGACAAAUGGACCAAAUGGACUCUCAGCCUUCCAACGCUCCUGAUGAGAUGCCAAAUGUAUUUGGUAGCAGCAGUAACCAGGAUACCACAAGCCAACAACAAAGCGCACUUAAUCAGUUAUCUGGCACAAUGUCCCAGCAAGCAAACCUUGGUUCAAUCCAGCCAGUCACAGUGCACGCUCAUGCAAGUGAUAAACCUGGAAGUUCAGCCAAAGAUGCACCGCCACCUGAAGAAUCGAGACAAACUGCACAACAAGUCCAAGAGACUGCUGCAAAACAACAUAAAACAAAAUUAUUAAAGUUAAAAAAUAGAUUAAAAUUAUUAAGACAAAAACUAACACAACUUGAAGAAGAGCAAGCAAAGAAAUCAACUAGCAAUAAAAACAACGAUCCUAAGACAGCUCGAAAUGAUGCCAUUAAGAAAUUGUUGAUCAAGAACUUAAAAUUAGCUGCAAUGAUUGCGUCCAAAGAAAUUCAAUUGGAAGAAGCAAAAGGAAGAGGUUUAGCAUAUUUAUCUGGGAAGAAAGAAAAUGAAGAGGAUACUCUAGACGAAGCAAAUCACAAUAAACAAGAACACGAGUUUUUAAAGUCUAAACCAUUAACAGAGUUAAGUAAAAAAGCCGAAGAAGAAGUGAAUCAUUUAAGUAGAAAUCCAGAUAUGGAGAAGUCAAAGACGAAUAAUAGCUCCAUCUUAAACUUUAUGAGUAACAAUAGAAAUAUAAAGAAUAAUACAAGUAACCAUAACACAACAAUAGAAGGGAGUAACACAUUUUUAAGACGGAUUAACGAAACGUUGCAAGUGUUGGAUAGAUCUUCGCCUGAAGUGCACACCAGGUCAACGUUGACAGCAAGUUCUAGAAGAUUCCUGAAGAAACUGCAAUCACAAAUUCAAUCCAUGUCAGCACCGCAAGCUCAAAUCGUGGAAGAAAAAGCCCUAGCAACUUUAUAUCGAGCUAUUAAAGCAAAAGCGGUCAAAGCGGCUAAAAGAAGGAUAGCACUGAAGCAGCAACUGGAGAGAACUAGGCUUCUUCGCAAACCUUUAAAACUAAAACAUGUGAAGCAGUAGUAAUAAUCAAUGGGAAUUGUUCCGCGACAAACUGAAAAAAAGUGCAAGAUUAUGAAGUUAGAAAGUCAUCCGUUGCUUCGCAGCUGUGGCUGGUGUUGAAAAAUCGAUAUGAAGAAUUUAAACAUUACGAAGAAUAUUUCAAGUCCGCCAGAGUUGAAAGGCAAAAUCGAUAGGAAUAUAACAGAAUCCCUUUCGGAUAUUCUGGACAAAAGCUUCAUUAUGGAGAAUGCAUGACUAUGUAUAUUUCAGAAAAACAAUUUUUUUUUGUUUUCUUUUAUCUAUGCAUUAUUAAAGAAUAGUUAUUAGUUUUUACACAAGAUCUAACCAUGGUCGCAUUUUGGGGGAGCUGUAUAUAUAAUGCUCCAACGCAAUGCUAAAAAAAAGCAGUUGAGUAGAACUUUCGGAACUUUUCAUGCAUUGCUGAAUUUGAAAGGCAAAAAUCAGUGUUUCGGCUGAACACGAAAAGAUUAUUCUACGCAGUGGUUCGCUGUUUUUUUUAUGUUAAUUAUUUCGUGCUCACGGUUCAGCAUGGUAAUGUAACAUUGUUGUCCCCUUUCUUAUGGAGCGAUAUUAUUUGCGUGGAUGUAUAAAUUCAAUUCUUAGUGUUAGCCAUCUUGUGUCUAUGUAAUUCUUCUCCUGUAUAUGAUUUUAUAUUACAAUCAAUAUAAACUUAAAUGUUAUGGGUUUUAAUAAAAA